AUGUCGUCGGUGUUCAGUGGCGAUGAGACCGCCCCCUUCUUCGGCUUCCUUGGCGCCGCCGCCGCGCUCGUCUUCUCAUGCAUGGGGGCGGCGUACGGGACGGCCAAGAGCGGCGUCGGUGUGGCGUCCAUGGGUGUCAUGCGCCCCGAGCUCGUCAUGAAGUCCAUCGUGCCCGUGGUCAUGGCUGGUGUGCUCGGUAUCUACGGCCUCAUCAUCGCCGUCAUCAUCAGCACUGGGAUCAACCCCAAGGCCAAGCCAUACUACCUCUUUGACGGCUACGCCCACCUGUCGUCUGGCCUUGCCUGUGGUCUUGCUGGGCUUGCUGCAGGCAUGGCCAUUGGCAUCGUUGGUGAUGCUGGUGUCAGGGCGAACGCUCAGCAGCCAAAGUUGUUUGUGGGCAUGAUCCUCAUCCUUAUCUUUGCCGAAGCGCUUGCCCUCUACGGUCUCAUUGUUGGCAUCAUCCUUUCAUCCCGUGCUGGCCAAUCCCGUGCAGAUUAG